AUGGUUCGUGAACCUUACAUGCAAGAAUCAGUCGUUGCCCAUUCCUUACUUUCUUCACGCCUGAACACAGUUUGCGAUAGUUGUUUGCGUGUAUCAGGCACACUGUGUUCCUGUGCAGCGUGCGGUGUGAUGCACUAUUGCGACCGUCAUUGUCAACGAACAAUGUGGUCCAUACAUAGAGCAGAAUAUAGCGAUGAUUUCCGAAAAGAUAUGAAAUUUUUCACCGAGUUCUCCACUGUUCUACAAACUGUAUCUCAGUUUUUUCGCCAAAGACUUCCUAUCCCUGAGUCAGCCAUAUUUGAUUUAUACUGUCAGUUGAAGAUAAAUAGCUUCAUGAUCACCGAUUCCAGCGGUGUGCCUGUUGGCCCUGGAAUAUUUCGACGCGCCUCCCGGUUUGAUCAUUCAUGUCGUCCUAACCUCGAAUACAUCUUUCAGGGCAAGAACCUCAUCUGUUUGCCUGUACUUCCUAUAAGCACUCCGGAAGAGGCUCGGAUCAACUACGUGGAUCCAUUGGCAACGAGAGAACAAAGACGAAAGGAACUACUCGAACGUUAUUUCUUCUACUGCGAAUGCCCUCUUUGUCAGGAUUCCGAAAGGGAUGGGAGAAUCAGUGCAUUGAUAUGCUGUGGCACGCCACUUCAGCCACCUGGUCCCAAGCUUCUGCCGUCCAAUCAGACAGAACAACCGGGUCUCGCGAGACGAUGUUGUCAAUGCGAUUCUGUGUACGAUGAUGCAUGCAUUCAGCAAGUUAUCACCCAGUUUUUGGAGUUUCGGGAGAAGGCGGAAACAGUGGAAGCUAUUGCUGACGCUAUUGCCUUAUAUCGUCAGAUGCGUGAAAUCAGUGAGCCAGUUGGACUCCGAGCCCUGAGUAACUACUGUUCCAUUGGUGGAGACCAGGUUGACAGACACUCUUAUUAUCGGCUGUUCGGUCAUCCCAAUAGCGUCUAUCUUGCCCAGGUUUGCCGUUCCGCUUGUGCAGGUUUCGCAGAAGAGUACACAGAACCAAUUGCCAAGAUCUUCGGGAUAUCGAUCGGAAGUACCUCCUGGAGGACGACAUUCGUUGACACACUGAUAGCUUGCGGUUUGGAUCUGUUGUACUGGAAAACACUUUUUCUGCCGUGGCCAGCCUUUGUCACUGGUCUACAUGCGUCGAUUUUUGCAGGUUUUCUUCUGCGACAGGUCACGGAUGACAAGUUUCAGUCUCCGGAAUAUAUGGAACGGAUCAAAUCAAUGUGUGCUUCUACUCCGAGUGAACCCAACUUGGCUCAGGUUCUGUGCAGGCUGAUUAAUGUUGCAGAUGACAUUCUUGCUCCCUUCGCUCCGUUUGAUGACCAAAUACGAGAUGCGCUUGUUCGACUGAGAUCAUAUAUGUGACAGAAUCGUUGAAUUUUAAAUAGAGAUGUACAGAUAAAUAUAGUAUUUCGAAUGCCAUGAAUCACUGAGCUCAUGUGUCCACUUGGAAAUACAAUCACCA